ACUGCAAUUGCGAUCCAGAAGUCGAUUUGGAGCACCAUUAAGACUGCAGCCCCUUAGGUUCGUUCGUUCCUGUUGCUUUCGUCUUCCUCUCAGCGCGCAGGCGCGGCGUGGCAGGGUAGGGCAGGCCGAGCGUUCUGGGCUCCUGGUUUCUGAAGCGGCGGCGGCGCAGCAGCAAAAACUGGGUUGGUUUGUCCAUGGCUGCGCAGCCUCUUCCCGCAGCAGCGCUCACCCGCCGGCCUAUCCUGCUCGGCCAGGUGGAGGGCUCGCAGGAUGCGGUGACCAUGGCGGCUAUCGUGCCCAAGGAAGUGGGGCUCAUCAGCGUCGCGGAGGACAGAACUGUUCGUGUAUGGCUGAAGAGAGAUAGUGGGCAGUAUUGGCCUAGCAUAUACCAUGCAAUGCCAUCUCCGUGUUCAUGCAUGUGGGUUAACCCAGAAACAAGAAGGCUAUCUGUCGGUCUGGACAACGGUACAAUCUCAGAAUUUAUUUUAUCAGAAGAUUACAACAAGAUGACACCAGUUAAAACUUACCAGGCUCACCAGAGCAGAGUUAUGAUGGUUCUGUUUGUUCUGGAGAUGGAAUGGAUCCUGAGCAUAGGCCAGGACAAGCACUUCACUUGGCAUUGUUCAGAAAGCGGGCAGCGGCUUGGCAGUUACCGUAUUAGUGCAGGUGCCUGUGGACUCCAAUUUGAUAUGGAGACCCGGCAUGUUUUUAUUGGUGAUCAUUCUGGACAAGUGACCAUCCUUAAACUGGAACAAGAAAACAGCAACCUGAUUACAACUUUUAGGGGACAUACAGGUGGAAUCACUGCCCUUUGUUGGGAUCCUGUGCAGCGUGUCUUGUUUUCCGGCAGUUCUGAUCAUUCGAUUAUUAUGUGGGACAUUGGAGGAAGAAAAGGAACAGCUAUUGAACUACAAGGACACAAUGACAAAGUUCAGUCACUCUCCUAUUCCCAUCAUACACGGCAACUUAUCUCUUGUGGAGCAGAUGGAGGGAUCGUUGUCUGGAAUAUGGACGUUGAGAGGCAGGAGACACCUGAAUGGUUGGAUAGCGACUCUUGUCAAAGGUGUGAUCAGCCAUUCUUCUGGAACUUCAAACAAAUGUGGGAUAACAAGAAAAUAGGCCUUAGACAGCAUCAUUGCCGGAAGUGCGGGAAAGCAGUGUGUGGCAAAUGCAGUUCAAAGCGUUCCUCCAUACCACUGAUGGGGUUUGAAUUUGAAGUGAGAGUCUGUGACAGUUGUUACGAAUCAAUAACAGAUGAGGAGCGUGCUCCUACAGCCACUUUCCAUGAUAGCAAACACAAUGUCGUCCAUGUACACUUUGAUGAAACACGAGGAUGGCUGCUGACAUCUGGGACAGACAAGGUUAUUAAGUUGUGGGAUAUGACACCUGUAGUAUCUUGAUGCAUCAGCGAAACGCAAAGCAACCCAGUGUUAAUGAAUAAGGAAUUCCUCAUGUAUUGCAGAAGAUAAAGCAAGUUGUGUAAUGAUGAGGGAGUGAACUAAUAACUUCUGGAUGGUUUUUCAAAUGAUCUGCUAGAUCCAGGGUGGAUAUUUGCACCAAAUGCGCUACUUCUUUGUUCUUGAAAUACAGAAGAUAUUUUUUUAGACUUACAACUAUACAAGCUGGCUCCAUUCAGCCAUUUGGAACUCAUCUGGAAAGUCUGUGUGCAGUGCAGUUUGUGUUCCAUGUUUUAUGUUGACUUGUGCUGUUUGGCGUGGAGGAAUUCUUUGCGAAUGUGAGCUUUCUGCAAUAUUAGGUUGGAAAGGCUGAAUCUGCUCUUAGGCAAGAAAAGAAAAGGAUUCCUCUUUCCAUAUUGUCUAGCAGAGUCAUUGAGCAAGAACUUGCAUUCAGAACUGUCAAAAGAUCAGGGCAGUUUGCAGCUGUUUAACAAUAAAAGCCUCCUUUGUAAUGGCAUUCCGGCAAAUGGUACGGCAAAUAUGGAUUGUGAGGGGGAGGUUAGCCAAAGUCCAACCUUGUUCAUUGCAUAGCCAAGAGGAAGGCUUGUUUAGCAACAAACUUCAAAAUGGCUAAACGAUCUUUCCACCCUCAAGCCUGACCAAUGAGUGUAGAAACGAGUUCAAACCGAGGCUGCAUAAAAUGGUUUUAUGUAAUUGCCAGUAACUUGUCAAUGUGGACAAUGUCCUUGUUUAGCUGGACCAGCAAUGUCUGAACUGUAUAUGUGUGUGUUGCGGGAGGACGGUGUGAGAAUUAUGCUAGCGUUGCUGUGCAGUUUGAAACUAACUAUUCCAUUCCUGUCAUCUCUCUGGCAGGGUGUGUUUUUAAAAUUGUUGAUAACUGUAAUUUGUUUUUAAUUCUCAGUGUAGCCCUCAAUGGGGUUACAUUUCAUACUUUGUUUUGCUGCCUUAUUAGGCAGUUUUUUUCAAAAAAUAAAAAUGCUGAAAUAAA